ACCGAGGGAAACGACGGUAGAGAAAUUGUUGUGGACAGUCCGCUGAGAUCUUGGGGGAUUCGUUUGCUCUUUCGAUAAUCCAGUGAGUUAUAAACCACCCUCCGCCCGACGCACAUUCGCAAGAGGGUUUAGUCUCGUUGUGCUCACGUUAGAGAUGUCGGUGGUGCCUCCUAGUCGCUCGUCCACCGGCUGGCCGCGCGGUGGUGCCGUUCAGUUCGGGAACAAAUACAUCAGCGGGCCUGCGAAACCGCUCACACUGGAGAGGACCAUCAACCUAUACCCUCUGACCAACUACACAUUCGGCACCAAGGAGCCUUUGUACGAGAAGGACAGUUCAGUGGCAGCCCGGUUCCAGCGGAUGCGGGAGGAGUUUGAUAAAAUGGGAAUGCGGAGGACUGUGGAAGGUGUCCUCAUUGUCCAUGAACACAGGCUGCCUCAUGUGUUACUCCUGCAGCUGGGUACCACUUUCUUUAAACUGCCCGGUGGAGAGCUGAGUCCCGGAGAAGAUGAGGUGGAGGGUCUGAAACGCCUGAUGACAGAGAUCCUCGGGCGGCAGGAUGGGGUGAAGCAGGACUGGGUGAUUGACGACUGUAUCGGCAACUGGUGGCGCCCCAACUUUGAGCCUCCACAGUACCCCUAUAUUCCAGCUCACAUCACCAAGCCUAAGGAGCAUAAGAAGCUGUUCCUGGUCCAGCUGCAGGAAAAAGCGCUGUUUGCUGUCCCCAAGAACUAUAAACUGGUGGCUGCACCACUGUUUGAACUGUAUGACAACGCUCCUGGAUAUGGGCCAAUCAUCUCCAGUCUACCACAGCUAUUGAGCAGGUAUUGUUUGUGUCUUUUGCAAGAGUUUGGUCAUUGUGUAAAUAGCCAGAACUGAAAAUAUGUAUUCUCAUUUGUAAUUCACAUGUAAACUCUUGUAUUCUGUUCGCUGUCACAGUGGCUAAAUUAAAACAGUGAAAGUACUCGGCCAUUGGCAGCAGGUUGGCACAGAGACUACUGAUCUGACUUUAAGAGCUGUGUUAGUUAUCCAUCCUACUGAAGUCCCAGAACUCAGCACCAAGGGUGUUUUUUAGAUUCAGUAACUGAACCCACAGCACAGACUUUUUACACAGGGCAGAAAGCAAAAGAAUAUGUAUACACACAGUAUUUGCAGAUAAAGAUUGGGCUUAAAUAAAAGUGAAAAGAUUCUGUUGAAAUGAUAUAUGAAAUAUACCGGCAGCACAUAACAGUGUGCAGGAUUUUGUCGCUUUUUUUCAAGUUGUCCUCUGAUGCACCUGUCAUAAAUUCAGGUGGGCAAAUGUAUUUUUUUCAUUGUUUUGCAUUUAAAUUUGCUAAAAGGGGAAAGGUAUGCUGUAACAAAAUAAAAGUAAUUUG